GUUUGUCUCAAGUCAAUUGACCGCGUCUGACGACAGUCCUUGAUUUUCGACAUGCUCCCUCCAUGCUUACUGUGGAUGCCAGGACACAGGCACCAAACCCACCCUCCUUCACGCCCCUUCUCCUCAGCGUACCAAUCGCUUCUUCGAGUGCCACCACUGAUCGUCGCGAUGGCGCUCGCCUGGGCAACUUGUGGGGAUCAUAGCGGGGGCGCCAUGGCCCCCCCAGUGGCCCCUCGGCAAUUGGUGACCUGGCGGAAGGGGAAGCUGGAGCUGCCGGCCAGCGGACAGGUGCAAAUCGAAGUCGCAUCCCGAUCUGCCCAUCGCAGGUGUGGGUUGGAAUUGGGUUCAAAAGCGAAAAGCAACACGGAAACGUCAACGGCUCGCCGAGUGCAGACUCCAGAAAGUCAUUCCUGGGUCCAAGGGGGUUGGGCGUCCAUUGCGCUGGAACACUAUGCACCCACUGCACUGUUCCUUGACCGAGCACCUUUUCAGGCCCACAGCCAGCCAGCAAGUCAUUGCUGGCAUCGUGUUUCGCAAGACAGCUGGGGACAACAGUCCAAGUCAUGAGUGUCUCGGCUGCACAACACCGCUCCCGGGCCAAUGACGGGACAGAGGAAGCGAGCAGGGGCAGAGGGAGGUCGUCUGCUUGCUUGGCUCUCGGGUCUUUCAACGGCCGAUUACGAAGUACAC